AUGGCACUACACCAGUCAUGGGUCAUGUCGUCGCGCACAAAGACCAUCCUGAAUGCGGCCUCGUCGUCGUCGUCCAAGGCUCUGGCUACGCAAGACGCAGCCGAAAUGCGCAAGACCGAGCACCAACAAAUGGAAAGCGUCGCAGUUUACAUGUACACGCUGGUGCAGUGCUACAAGGUCGACGAGAGUCUACGAUGCCGUGCAUCACUAGCUGAGCACGCCCAACCAGUGUCGCCAGUGUCUCAAGCAUCUUCUUCACCAUCUACCAACGCUGCGUUACCAACGUCAAAAGCCUGUCGACGAGAAAUCACCUUCUCGCCCAAGCACGCGAGAUCACGAACACAGGUUGAAUGA